CCACGUGAAUUAGAUAUAUAACUAGUUACGGUUCUGCAGCUUAUCAGAGUGAAACGCACGGGCGGUUUUGGAGAACAAGACAGUUAGAGGAAUCAAACUAUCAUUUGGAUUACUAAUAUUUUUAUCCGAGCUGAAAUUGAACGGAUCCGCACACAACAAUGGGGUUCGUUUUACUGAUGUGUUCUUGUAAGAGGUACGUGCUGCUCUUUGUGUUUUUUUCCUUUGUUCAUCGAGCACCUGCUUCAGUCACACAUUAUUCAAUUCCUGAAGAAAUGAAGGAAGGAUCAAUAGUUGCCAACAUUGCCAACGAUCUGAGCUUGGAUGUUAAAACACUAAACAAGAGGAAAAUGCGGCUGGAUAUAAUUGCAAACAAGCGAUAUUUGGACGUGAGAAGGGACACUGGUGAACUGUAUAUUGUAGAGAAAAUUGACAGGGAAAUUCUUUGUCCGAGCAAGUCAUCAGCUUCUUGUUAUCUAAAACUAGAGGUGAUUUUAGAAAAUCCCGUGCGAAUUUUUAACAUCGAGGUGGAAGUAAUGGAUAUGAAUGACAACGCCCCUCAAUUUAGGAGAGACGUCAAUCAUUUGGACAUAUCCGAAUCAACACCGAAAGGAGAUAGAUUCUCUCUCAGCAAUGCAGUUGAUCCGGAUGUUGGAAGUAAUACAGUAAAAACGUACAGUCUAAGUGAAAGUGAGCAUUUUGGCAUUGAAAUUCAGACUGGAAGGGAUGGGUCCAAAUUUGCUGAAUUAAUACUGAAAGAGAUGUUAGACCGAGAGAAUCAGGCUGUCCACAAUUUAAUGUUGACGGCAGUAGAUGGUGGCAAACCUCCACGUUCUGGGACGGCCAGAAUUAUUGUUCAAGUGUUAGACACAAAUGAUAAUGCGCCACUGUUUGACAAAUCUGUUUACAAUGUUAAAAUAAUGGAAAAUUCCCCGAUUGGAAGCCUUGUUAUUGAUCUAAAUGCUACUGAUUUGGAUGAGGGCUCAAAUUCGGAUUUAACAUAUACGUAUAGUUUAUACACACCAGAGAAAACACAAGACACUUUUAAUUUGAAUCCUUCUACUGGCGAGAUUACUGUUAAAGGAAUGCUGAAUUAUGAAGAUUUUAAGAUUUAUGAUAUGGAAGUUAUAGCAGCAGACAGAGGUGUCACUAGUUUAUCAGGGCAAUGUACGAUCAAAAUUCUAAUUGAGGACAUGAAUGACAACCAUCCAGAAAUCUCCAUCAAAUCUUUUCAUACUCCCGUGAGUGAAAACAUUGAUGUAGACACAGUGAUAGCGGUGGUCAGCGUGAGUGAUAAGGACUCGGGAAAUAACGGAGUGGUGGACCUUCACAUUCCACAUAAUAUGCCUUUCACACUGAAGGAGUCUCCCGAUAACUAUUAUAAAUUAGUAGUUUCCGAGCCAUUGGACCGCGAGAAGGUUCCGGAAUACGAAAUCACCUUCACUGUUACUGACAGGGGCUCCCCUCCUUUAAGUGACAAUGAAACCAUGACUUUGCAGCUGCUGGAUGUAAAUGACAAUGUCCCACACUUCCCUCAGUCCUUUUACACCAUCCGCGUGAUGGAGAAUAACGCACCAGGCGCCUUGCUCAGUUCCCCCAGCGCAUUUGACCCUGACCUGCACGAGAACCAGUACCUGGUUUACUUCAUCUUGGAGAAGGAGAUCGCCAACACCUCCAUGUCCAUGCUGUUCUCCAUCAACCCAGAGAAUGGGAACCUUUACGCACUCAAGACAUUUGACUAUGAGAUGGAGAAGGAGUUCCUCUUCCACAUCGAGGCCCGAGACUCGGGUUCUCCUCCGCUCAGCAGCAACGUCACGGUCCACAUCAUCAUCGUGGAUCAGAACGAUAACGCCCCCGUGAUCGUCUCUCCGUGGCGAGCGCACGGCUCGGUGGUGGAGGAGAAGAUCCCCAGAUCCACCGACAAAGGCUCUCUGGUGGCCAAGGUGAUCGCCUUGGACGUGGAUUCUGUGCACAACUCUCGCGUCACCUACCAGUUCCUGCAGGUGACGGACGCCUCCUUGUUCAGUCUUGACCAGUACAACGGCGAGAUCCGCACAAUGAGGAUGUUCAGCUACAAGGAUUCACGCCACCAGAGACUGGUUGUGGUAGCCAAGGACAAUGGGGAACCGGCUCUCUCUGCAACAGUCACCAUCAAGCUCUCCACGGUGGAGACGGCCGUCAAGGCCUACUCGGACAUGACCGAGGUGCCUCUGGAAUACGACAUCUUCUCAGACCUCAACUUGUAUCUGGUCAUUGGUUUGGGCUCUGUGUCCUUCCUGCUGCUCAUCACCAUCUUGGUCACCAUCGUGCUCAAGUGUCAGAAGGUCAAGCCCAGCAAAUCGGCGCCUCCCUGCAGGAACAGCGUGAUCAGCGAGAGGAACUCCACCAUCGCAGAUUCCACUCUGGUGUCCAACGAUGCCUACUGGUACAGUCUCUUUCUGGCCGAGACCAGGAAAGGAAAGCUGGUGGUCAGGCAGCCUAUGCCGAAAGGCUCCAGGUACAUCGUGUCCAGUAUUCCCAGGAGUACCGGCGUGUCUGAGACCAGUGGCUCUGCCCCAUCUACCUUGCAGGUAUGA